GUAACCCUUUCUCUCUUAUUUUCUUGGCUGUGUCAUUCAGUCUCUGGUCAGAUUCAUUAUUCUAUUGUAGAAGAAAUGAGGAAAGACUCUGUUAUAGCAAAUAUUGCAGAUGACCUUGGAUUAGAUAUUAAGCAGCUCUCAUCUAGAAAAUUGAGGAUUGUAUCUAGAGCUUCAGAGAGAUAUUUCUAUGUAAAUCUAGAUAAUGGGAAUCUGUAUAUUAAGGACAGGAUAGACAGGGAGACAUUGUGUGGGGCAGAGGCUCCUUGCUUCCUAACCUUUGAUGCGGUGGUUGAAAAUCCUAUAAAUAUAUUUAAGAUUAAAAUAGAAAUUCAGGAUAUAAAUGAUAAUUCUCCAAUAUUUUUUCACGAAACCUUCACAGUAGCCAUGAUAGAAUCAACUUCACCUGGAAUAAGAUUUGCUUUACAAAAUGCAGAAGAUCCAGAUAUUGGUAUAAAUACCAUACAAUCCUAUAAGCUCAGUGACAACCAGUAUUUUACUUUGAAUGAGAAGACCAGAAAUGAUGGGAGAAAAUCUCCAGAGCUUUUGUUAGAAAAAUCCUUAGAUAGAGAGACCCAAAAUAUCCAUAACCUGAUUCUUAUAGCUAUGGAUGGUGGUAAACCUUUGAGAUCUGGAACAACAUUAUUACAGAUAAUUGUUACUGAUGUCAAUGAUAAUUUUCCAGUAUUUUCUCAGGAAGUAUAUAAGGUCAGUGUAGAAGAAAAUAUCCCCGUCAACACUACAAUAAUUACUAUAAAUGCAAUUGAUAGAGAUGAAGGGAUCAAUGGCCAAAUCACAUAUUCUUUUACCAAAACCUCAACAAAUGUUUACCAUCACAUUUUCAGUAUUGAUCCUGUAAGUGGGGACAUUAAAAUAGAUAAACAUGUAGAUUUUGAGUUUACAAAGGACUAUGAGCUCUCUGUGCAAGCUAAAGAUGGGGGUGAUCUUAUUUCUCACUGUAAAGUCUUAAUAGAAGUCAUAGAUGUGAAUGACAAUGCUCCUGAGAUAUUCCUCACCUCAUUCUCUACUCCUAUUCCUGAGGAUUCUAUUGUGGGUACACUGAUCGCUCUGAUUGAAGUUCAUGAUAAAGAUUCAGGACAAAAUGGAGAAGUGGACUGUAAACUUUUGGAAGAAAUACCAUUUAAUUUAGUUCUAUCAUCUGACAACUAUUACACAAUUAUUACUACAAGUUCUAUGGACAGAGAAGAGGUUUCUAGUUAUACCAUUACUCUUUUAGCUACUGACAGAGGAUCUCCUCCACUUUCCAGCCAAAGAACCAUCACUCUGGAGAUAUCAGAUGUCAAUGACAACCCACCAUUGUUUAUCAGAAGUACUUAUGUGGCUUAUGUCCCAGAGAAUAAUUUACCAGGUUCCUCAAUAUACAGUAUACAAGCCUCAGAUCCUGACACUGGGGACAAUGCUAAAAUAUUUUAUUCCAUCUCCACCUCUAAUACAGAGGAUCUUCCAGCAUCCUCCUAUCUCUCCAUCAAUAUAGAGACUGGGGUUCUCUAUGCUCAGAGAUCAUUUGAUUAUGAACAACAUAAAGAGUUUUAUAUACAAAUAAAUGUUAGAGACAAUGGGUCUCCAUGUCUAAGCAGCAACACAACUCUACUUAUCCAUAUUGUGGAUCAGAAUGAUAAUGCACCAAAAAUCUUAUACCCAUCCCCAGACAGUGGAGGUAUGACGGCAUUUGAGAUGGUACCAUUUGACUCAGAACAAGGUUCCUUAAUAACUAAGGUAGUUGCCAUUGAUCCUGACUCUGGACACAAUGCUUGGCUCUCUUAUCAUUUUCUACACCUGUCAGAACCUUCAUAUUUUGCCAUCACUCAACAUACUGGGGAGAUAAGGACAUCUCGUGUCUUUCAGGAGAAGGAUGUACUGAACCAUAAGAUAGUGGUGAUGGUGAAGGACAAUGGAGACCCUUCUCUCUCAUCUACAGUUACUCUCAAUCUCCUUAUAGCAAAUGAUUUCCAGCAGGUGGUCCCCAGGUUCACUGAACAAGUAACUGAAGAAUAUCCCCAAUCUAGUUUUCAGUUGUAUUUAAUCAUCGCCCUUGGAUUAAUCUCAUUGCUAUUUCUUAUCACUGUCAUGUUGGUUAUUGUCUCAAAGUGCAAGAAAUCUCAACCAAUCCCAAUGUUCAGUAACCUCAGCUCAAACUUGUAUCCUCAAGUCGAUCCCAGAAUCCUUUCUCAGUAUGGAAAUGGGACAUUGACAUUUCCUUACUCAUAUAAUGUAUGUGUGGGGUUUGAUGCCAAUGAAAGUGACUUUACUUACAUGAAACCAAAUCUAGAUGUUCCUGUGGAUAAUCUCAUUGAUGCUGAUGACUCUGGACUAGGAAAUGAAAGUGCAAGAAAAGCCUUACCAUCAACAGAUGUUCUGCAGAGCUCUGAGCAGAUGGACGCUUUGGAAACUGAUCAUCGAGAAAAAAUCCUUCUAAAAAGUACAAAAAGUAAGACUUGUCAAAGAAGAGUGACCCCAUAUAAGAGCAAAGAGCACAGCUUAUAA